AUGUGAGCAACAAGGUUAAAUUCAAUGAUCCAGUAAAAUAUAACAUAUAUCGAGUCGGCAUGGUCUGUGUAACGGAAGGAUAAAUGGUUUUGGGAAGUGGUGAAGACGUGCUUCGUAGCUGUGGUGAAUAACCGUUCAACUAAAAUGCAAACUCGAUAUUUGCUGCUAUCAAUCAUGUUAAGAAACAUGGCUUUAACAACGGAAACGCAAGUUACGAUAUCAAGGGAAAAGACGUAGAAUCUCAGGACGACGAUCCGUGGAGUUUACCGGAGUUGACUGACAACGGAAAACCAUGGAGCGAUAUGACAACAAAGGAAAGAAUACUUCGAGUUGCGUUGCUUAUUUUGAAGAUAGCUUUUUUGCUUGGAUUCUUGUAUCUCUUCAUUUGUUCUUUGAGUUUUCUAAGUUCAGCGUUUCGUUUGUUGGGAGGCAAAGAAGCUGGCAAGGUAUUUCAGGAUAAUGAAGUAAUCAAAAAUCCUGUGGCUGGUGUUGUCAUUGGUCUCUUGGCAACCGUCCUGGUACAAAGCUCAUCUACAUCAACGUCAAUCGUUGUUGCCAUGGUAGCUACAGGAAUUCUUAAAGUGGAGAGAGCAAUUCCGAUUGUAAUGGGAGCAAAUAUUGGUACAUCUGUAACGAACACCAUCGUGUCGGCUGGCCACGCGGGCGAUCGUGAUCAGUUUCGUAGAGCAUUCGCUGGAGCGACCGUUCACGAUGUCUUCAAUUGGCUGAGCGUCAUCAUUUUACUCCCGUUAGAAUCUGCGAGCCAAUAUUUGUUUCAUUUGAGUGAAGCAAUCGUAGAUUCUCUUGGUCUUGAAAAAGGAAACCGUGAAAAGCUGGAGCUGUUGAGCAAGAUAACGAAACCUUUCACUGAUAAGAUUAUCAAGAUUGACAAGAAACUGAUUGAGGAGAUUGCAAAAGGAAAUGAUAUUGGUAAUAAGAGUUUGAUUAAAAGUUGUUCAUCGGAUUGCUUUCUUUUCCAUGAUACUGGAAUGUCCGAUUCAGAAGUUGGAACAAUUCUCUUGUUUCUUUCAUUAUUCAUUCUUUGUGUGUGUCUUGCAGCUAUCGUGAAAUUGCUUCAUUCAAUGCUUAAAGGAUCAAUUGCGAAGACUAUCAAGAAAGUUAUCAACUCAGAUUUGCCCUAUCCAUUUGCAUGGGUACCUGGUUAUAUUGCUAUUCUAGUGGGCGCUGGACUAACAAUUCUUGUGCAGUCCAGUUCUAUAUUUACGUCAGCCUUAACUCCUUUGGUUGGCAUUGGCGUAGUAACAAUUGAACGUACUUAUCCACUUACCUUGGGUGCAAAUAUUGGCACAACAGUAACCUCUGUUUUGGCUGCACUUGCUGUGAAUAAAGCUGAUAAGUUUAGAGAAGCUCUUCAAAUCGCAUUCUGUCAUCUUUUCUUCAAUAUAUCUGGCAUCGUAAUUUGGUACCCAAUCCCUUUCAUGAGAAACAUCCCCAUCAAAGGCGCCAAAUUUCUUGGCAACACAACUGCAAAAUAUCGUUGGUUUGCAUUCAUGUAUUUGAUUUUGGUGUUUUUCCUUUUCCCUCUUCUCGUUUUUGGGCUCUCUGUUGCCGGAUGGGAGGUUCUCCUCGGGAUCGGACUUCCGGUUCUUCUGGUUGUAAUUGCAAUCAUUGUCAUCAACAUUCUUCAAAACAAAAAACCUGAUAUACUACCCGAGAAGUUGCAAACUUGGGAAUGGGCACCAAUAUGGUGUCGUUCUUUGGAGCCCUACGAUAAAGUCGUCACAAAAGUCAUGGAUCCUAUUCGUGAGAGACUCUGUUGCAAAUGCGCAAAAAAAUCAGAAAACACAACGUCAGCAUGGGAUAAUCGCCAUACAUCGAUGGAUCCAGUGAUAUCUCCAGGUUAUGACACCGGUUUUAAAAACCAAGGCUACGACAAUACUCGUUUUUAAACAUAAUCGUUCACAUCGUACGUAUUCUCACAUAAGUUAUCAGUUUGCCAAAGCAUUAUGUAACAGAAAACAUUUAAUCCCAUGCAACAACAACACAAUUUAAUUAUUGAGCACUAUAUUAUUCCAUGAUUUCAAUAACUAAACUAGAUAUAUCUUGUGUCAUGAAUUUCAUACAAUCGUACACAGUUCAUACGAUUGUUUUGACUUGUUGCCUUAUCGUUUCAUUUUACUUUGUGGUCGAUAACCAUUUUUGUCUAUUUAUAUUAUUUAUAUAAUGUAUGAUGUAUUUAUAAUUUAUUUAGCGAUUAGUAAAUAAAGUCCAGUAAAUUUGA